GAUCUGCCUCUGUCUGGGUCCUGUCUGGCGCUUUGUUACAGCGUAAUGGCGCAUACGGAGUAUACAGCGCUAUAAUCCAGUAGAGUAUCGAUAUCGACUCUUGGAAUACCGGUGUAGAAGACUACGGAGUACAUAGUAUUAGAUCGUCGCCUAGAAAACCCCGUCCCCCGAAACUUCUUGCACACUAACUUGCUCUCUUCCAGCCAACGUGUUUUCCUACCACACACAAGGCCAUCCUUGACAACUUGGCCUGCUAACACAUUGACCAUGCGAUUAUAAUAAUAACGAUAAGCUUUGGUUACAUUCGCCGCAAAUCCUGUGUAUAUAUAUCUCUCUCUGAGCGUCUGAUCAUCUCAAGGAGUCGUGUGGCAGCGGCAUUCAGGCGCCCGACAAAAGAGUUUCCUCCCCCUGCUCGUGUUGUUGGCUUUGGGCCGAAUCCACUGCUGUCGUGUCGCAUGGCCAACACGUUUGACCUCCACCACUCCUCCAUCCAGGUAGCCAAGAAUCCAAGAAUCUCUUGGCAAGCAACUUACCUUCCAUCUCGACUUGGCAUCAACGACAAAACAAUAGCAUGUACUCGGAUGUCUCGCCCACGACUUCGUCUUCGAGACUAGCAUCGAGCGGUCGGUCAAUCCUUUCGAGGUUGACUUCGCCUUUGCGGUCGCGGGCCAGGAAUGCUACCGAUUUUCACAUCCGCGCCAACGAGCCGCAUCGCCAGUACUCACCGGGAGACAUUGUCAAGGGCAUCGUCGUCCUCACCGUCGUAAAGCCGAUCCGGAUUACCCAUCUCACUGUCGCUCUUCAUGGCUUUGUGCGCGUCCUGAAAAAGCCUGCAGCAGCCGGUGAGGUUAUUACCAGCGACCACGUCGUCGAUAUUACAAGCAACAAAAGGUCCCAAUACACCGGUAAUGGCCAUGUGUCGUUGUUCCAUGAUGAGAUUACACUCUGUGGCGAAGGGCGCCUCGAGCCGGGGAUCUAUGAGUUUGAAUUCAAUCUCCAGUUCCAAUCCCAAGGCUUGCCGUCAAGUAUCGACUUUGAACGGGGAACUAUAUCGUAUAUGAUUCGCUCUACCCUUACGCGUCCAACAUCUAUCGCUGCUACGUCGACGUGCGAGCGUAAGAUAUCUUUAGUCGAAACAGUCGAUAUUGGCCUCAUGAGUAUUCCAAAACCACGUACCAUUUCUCUGGAGCCAAUAGCGAAGAGCUCAAGGAGGCAUAUUCGAUCCGCCGCCAAGGCAGAGCAAGCGGCUGCAGAGUCGGGAAAGUCUUCUGUGCAGCCGAAGCCUACCGAAUCUGCCAGCCAGCGUGCAUCUACCAGCAACCCUCCGAGCUCCCCCACAAGUCCGUUGCAUAGCGAUUUGCAAAGCGAAGUUAGUGAGGGUAGCGUAGUUAGCAGUAGCAGUACUGGCUACGUUAUCGGACAUUCAAUACCGUCGAAACCGGUCAGUAACGGAGCUGACACGGCCUCGAAUAAACCCGCUCCCAAUAAGACCAUCACUGCCAAAAUCGAGCUUUUGAAAGCUGGGUGUUUGCCAGGAGAUAGCAUACCAAUUACAAUAUCCAUCCAGCAUACAAAGCGAAUCAAGAGUUUGCAUGGCAUCAUCAUCACCCUGUACCGGCAAGGCCGGAUAGACUCUGCGCCGCCAUUAUCACUAUUUACGGAUAUUAAAGGCAAAGACUUGGAACGGCUGAAGCAUGAAGAAUACUAUCCAAAGUCCAAAACAGGCUUGGGCGGACUAUCUUUAACCUCUGCGGGAUCCAGUAGUGUUUUCCGCAAAGAUUUGUCUCAGACACUUGCACCGAUAAUGAUAGACCCAGUCACACUCUCAACUGUGAUAACGACAUCAUUACGGGUGCCAGAAGAUGUCUUCCCUACAAUUACUGGGGUGCCAGGCGAAAUGAUAAGCUUCAGAUAUUACGUUGAGGUCGUGGUCGAUUUGGGAGGAAAGCUGGCUGGCCAGGAUCGACACCUCCCACGUUUGGGCAUGGUUAGUUUGCCAUCUAUGACCAACCCCAACGACCCAGUCCUUGGAACGGACACUGCGACAGCACCGACACUGGCUGCUUGGGGUGGCAAUAUUGUCGACACAGAUCGUAUUAGGCGCGAGAAAAGCGUUGUGGCUUGCUUGUUCGAGAUCAUUCUUGGCACAACGGAUAGCGCUCGCAUGAGAGGAAGGGGUAAUAUAACUAAGAAGGGGCCUGCCGAUGAGAUACAAAGGGCGCUCCCGACUCCUCUUUCUCCGGUCGACUCAGUGGGACAGCAAAAUGGACAUGCAGUACCAAACGAAGCAGAAUACCACUGCGACGAAUACGGCCAACAAUGGUCCCAAUGGCCGCAAGGCUCACACGAUCAAACAUACACUUAUAAUGACGAACAACAUCCCAUACCGGACCAGAACCAGGUUCCCGAGUAUAGCCAGGGUACUGUCCCACCACCGCAAGUCUUGCCCUCCGAAAACCUUAAUGAAAAAGACCGCGUUCGUCUUGCCGAACAAACCCUGUUGCCAAGCCAGCCUCUGGAGGAAGCAGGCCCUUCAGCACCUCCCCAGCCUACUCCUACGGCUCCUCCCGAUCCUGAUGACGAUCUAUACAACGAUGAUUAUCGGCCGGUAGCCCACUCAGUACAACAAAGAUCUCCCGCUACUGCACUCAAUGGCAUUGCCCACUUGUCUGACACAAUUACACCGGCAACUCCUCAGGUCGAGGGUCCACAACCACAGGCCCCAGCAACAACUGUCGACGAUAAGCGUGAACUAGAACGGCGCCGCCUCCAAGCAGAAGCAAGUUCGCCUUCGGACUUUCCAGACCUUGAUGACACCGCAGGGGAAGGGGCGAGCAGCAGUGCGCCACAACCCUCUGCACCGUUUUUGGAUGAGGAGGACGAAUAUGCCGGACAAUAUACCAGCCAUCAUGACGGCCUUCCGAGAUAUGAGCGUUGAAUAUAGGGACCGUGUCGAGUCUUGUUUCCUUGUAUACUAGUUGCCUUAUACCCGCUUUACAGUACAGCAGCAUAUAGUACUAUGGCUACUGCAAUUGAACUUAUGAUUUAUG